GUCAUCUCUACCUUCCGCGGGAAUCUACUGUCGCUCACACACUAUUCACACUAUCCAACCGGAUCUAGAUCCGGAUCCGGAACUCGCCCUAGAAUGAAGCACACCAGGAGCGAGCGAGUCCGUGCGACUCCGAGGCUCCUCACCUACGUCCUCGUCGGCUUCAUCGCUCUACUCGGCUUGACUUGCCUCUACUAUGGCUCUUCCUUCGCUCCCGGAUCCAGAAAGUCCGACGAGUUCGACGGAUCUAACCGCGCUCGAACCGGAUUCGUGAGGGAUCGUGAUGGAGUGAGCCGUGUCGAAGUUCCUAAAAGCAUUCCGAUAUGUGAUUCGAAGCACUCGGAUCUUAUACCGUGUUUGGAUAGAGAUCUUCAUCACCAGCUGAAACUGAGACUCAAUUUAACGUUGAUGGAGCACUAUGAGCAUCAUUGCCCUCCUCCAGAACGACGGUUCAAUUGCCUUGUUCCUCCUCCAGCUGGUUAUAAGAUCCCGUUGAAGUGGCCUGUUAGUAGAGACGGGGUGUGGAAGGCGAAUAUUCCGCAUACGCACCUUGCGCAAGAGAAAUCUGAUCAGAAUUGGAUGGUUGUGAAUGGUGAUAAGAUCAAUUUCCCCGGGGGAGGGACGCAUUUUCAUUACGGAGCUGACAAAUACAUUGUUUCCCUUGCUCAGAUGCUGAAAUUCCCUGGUGACAAACUCAACAAUGGAGGAAGCAUUCGGAAUGUUCUCGAUGUUGGUUGUGGGGUAGCUAGCUUUGGAGCUUAUCUUCUCUCACAUGACAUCAUAGCCAUGUCCCUUGCUCCUAAUGAUGUCCACCAGAACCAGAUCCAGUUUGCUCUAGAACGAGGGAUCCCAUCAACACUUGGUGUUCUUGGGACUAAGCGGCUUCCAUACCCAAGCAGAUCAUUUGAACUUGCUCACUGCUCUAGAUGUCGGAUAGAUUGGCUUCAGAGAGAUGGGAUCUUGUUGCUGGAACUUGAUAGGUUGCUCAGACCUGGCGGUUACUUUGUAUACUCGUCCCCUGAAGCUUACGCACACGACCCAGAAAACAGAAAGAUUGGGACUGCGAUGCAUGAUCUCUUUAGGAGAAUGUGUUGGAGGGUUGUGGCCAAACGAGACCAGUCUGUUAUAUGGGGAAAACCGAUAUCAAACAGCUGUUACUUGAAGAGAGGUCCAGGUGUCCAACCUCCGCUUUGUCCUUCUGGAGAGGACCCAGAUGCAACUUGGAACGUUUCCAUGAAAGCUUGCAUAACACCGUACUCAGUGAGGAUGCAUAAAGAAAGAUGGAGUGGGCUUGUUCCCUGGCCACGGAGACUGACAGCUCCUCCACCACGUCUUGAGGAAGUCGGUGUCACUCCCGAACAGUUUCGUGAAGAUACGGAAACAUGGCGGCAUAGAGUGAUGGAAUACUGGAAGCUGCUUAAACCAAUGGUGCAAAAGAACACCAUAAGAAACGUGAUGGACAUGAGCUCAAACCUCGGCGGUUUUGCAGCUGCUCUAAACGAUAAAGAUGUAUGGGUAAUGAACGUUAUCCCAGUUCAAUCCUCACCGAGAAUGAAGAUCAUCUACGACCGUGGCCUUAUCGGAGCCACUCAUGAUUGGUGUGAAGCCUUCGACACAUACCCACGAACAUUUGACCUUAUCCACGCAUGGAACACAUUCACAGAAACUGAAGCACGUGGAUGCAGCAUUGAGGAUCUGCUAAUCGAGAUGGACAGGAUACUACGCCCAGAAGGAUUUGUCAUAAUUCGUGACACAUCAGAGAAUAUUGCUUACAUCAAGAAGUAUCUGACAUUGUUGAAAUGGGACAAAUGGUUCACAGAGACGAGUCCAAAAAGUGACUCUCUGACGACGACCAAAGAGGAGAGAGUUUUGAUAGCCAGAAAGAAACUGUGGAGCGUGGCGGCCAUUUCAGAGUUGUGAAAAGGUUUACUUAUUUUGCAAGCUACCUAUCUACUUGAUAAGAGGAACUGUAAAUUACACAAAAAAAUCAUACGUAGUUAUGGUAUGCAUUUGUUGUAGGAUAAAUGCUUAAGGUUCUUUUUUCGAUUUUCUACUCCGAAAUUAAAAUUUGUUUACGGGGAAAGAAUUUGCUUCGUGAAUGUAAUGGCAGGCCCAAGUAAAUUACCAUACAAUAGAGACGAAUCAUUAACAUGUUUUCUCUAACUAUUAAAUACUAUCAAACUGAACCCAUAAGUUGAGUGACAUACGUAGUAGUGGUAGUACUAAGUGCAAAUGGAAAAAAAAAAAAAAAAAGGAAGAGCAUAAGAGAGAGAUCAGAUUUAUAAAGCUGUUGUUUUGACCUUCUUCUUCUUUUUCUUCUUGGAAGGAAGGCUAUUGAGUUCUUCAGGCUUCCUCUUUU